UGCCACGCUCGUCGCUCGGCCCGGAAAGGUGCUUAUAAAGGGAGGCGGAGCGGCCGUCCUCAGCCUGUUCCGCCAUGAAGAUCCUGUUGCUCGCGGUGGCGCUGGCGGCGGCGGCGCCUGGAGGGGCGCACUCGCUUCAGAGGGACCGACGGGAAGCCUCCGGGAGACCUGGAGGAGUAUCCAGAGGUGGACCAUCUAGAACAGGACCACCUAGGGGAGAACCUGGAGAACCAUCUAGAAAAGGCCCACCUGGAGGAGGAUCUGGAGGACCACCUCGGGAUGGACCUGGAGGAAGACCUGGAGAAAGACCUGGAGGACAAGGAGAAAGACAUGGUGGAGGAGAAGGAGGACCUAGAAGACCACCUGACAGAGGACCUGGUGGAGGACAAGGAGGAGGACCUGAAAGACCACCUGGUGGAGGACAAGGAGGAGGACCUGGAGGAGGACCUGGUGGAGGACAAGGAGGAGGCGGAAGCAGCGUGACAGGACCCAGCACCCCCGAGGAGCUGAUCGAAAUGGCCCUGCAGCAGGCGAAGAUGAACGAGUGCAAGAGCCCGGGGUACACCUGCUCCGACGAAGAGUGUGGGACCGGCUUGGUGUCCGUGUUUAGGGAGGAGGUGGACGGGGAGUACAGGAUCCUCAUUACGAAUGGCAUCCCCGACCACGACUACAGCACGGGCGCCACGAGACCGAACCCCAACGAGGUCUGCCGCCACCCAUCCUACAUGAAGGUCCCCCUCAAUCCUACCAAGGGGUCCUUCACUCCCAGCGGAAUGGGGCCCGUAGGAAUCGCCCUUUCUGGAGGAUUCUUCUACAACCACCUGUCCACGCCCAUGGGGGAUGUGGCGGCGGUGGUGGAGGCGGAGUCCUUCGACAGCUGCAGCGGCCAUGCGGACCCCCAGUGUCGCUACCACUACCACAAGGUGCCCAACUGCCUCAACCCGGACAGACCGUGUGAGCUGGUCGGUUACAUGAUGGACGGCUUCCCUGUCUACUCCUACUGUGAUGUCGACGGCGUUCGACUCACCAGCUGUUACAAAAAAGUGUCCGGUGACGGAUCGAUGCAGGAACAUUUUGAAUACCAACCUGACGAGGACUGCCAGCUUGACGAAGCCAACGGGUACCCAUUCGAAGACGGACGUGGCUACGGCUACGUCUUCUCCGAGAACUACCCGUUCGUCAUGCGCGGAUUCAUGGGUUCGAACAUCACUAGUAUCUGUGAAGUAUAUUAAUAUGAUCAUUAAUUACUGAAUUACGGUAGUCGAUCAGCACAGUUGUCUCCAAAGUGAUUGGCGAAGAAUUCAAUUUUGUUUAAGCUUUAAAUAUUGUUGAGUAGAAUAAUAAAAGCAGAAGCGGUGAAGGUUCAUUCAACGCAAGUAG